CUAUCCAAAAUACACGAGAGGUCCCCGAUUAUUACGAUUCGUCAUCGGUUCACCAUUCCAUUUAUAUCGCAUCACCAUCUCAGUCGAAUGCGAAUUAUUAUCAAUUUAAUAAGAGUGACAUGCUUCCUGUUAUCGCUUCUCCGCAUCCUAACACUAUUAUGUCCUCCACAUCUACGCCAUCAAUACCUUCAACCCCUGCAACGCCCUCUAUUGUCUCUUUUCAUAAUUUCCCUUUCAUCACCGGCGUUUCUCAUACUCCAAGUUUAUCCAAUCGUCCAAGAACUUUAAAAUUCUUUCCAAAAAGUGGUCGUGUCGGUACUCGUCUUUCUGUCGAAGUAUAUCUUGAAUUACCAAACCUCAAUAAUGUCUUACUUAACUUGGCUUUUGGCGAUUUAAUGGUGGAAACUCAUCAAGUUGCUUUACCUGAUUCUCGUUAUGAACUUAUCGGAAUCGUUCCUAGUCAAGAACAUAUUAAAAGUGCUAAUAGAUCUAAAGUUCCUGUAAAUGUGAUAAUCUGUAAUGAUUAUAAUAUUCCUAUUGAUAAAUGGCAUCUUGGCGAUUUUGUCUUUAAAGACAAAAUAUCUCCGCACAAACGUCUCGUUAAAUCUGGUAUUGACUUUGACAUUGACAUCGAUGACACGACUAAACUACAUCGUCGCCAUUCUUCUCAAGGAUGUUUAUACCACCCUUAUUCUAUCUCUAAUGGUGUUGAACAGACUUCCCCAACUACGUCAGUUACUCCACCUCUCAAAAAUGAGGUACUAUAUAUGAGUGAAAAUAACUCUGGUGUUUAUGGUACCCAAACAAAUAUUUAUAAUUUUUAUUCUUAUGAUAACCGUGAUAACUCUGUCAUAGAACAACAGAAAUCUACUUUAAACAUUUCGGAGCAGUCGCAACAAGCUUUUAAUUUACAAAAUUAUCGUGAGGUUGAAAUGAUGAGUAGCGAAUCUCAAUCUGAUAUACAAAGUGACCCUUGUUCAUUUUACUCUUCAUCCGCUUCGACCCCUUAUUCCACUGCUUCUGAUGAUUCUUUCAGUGAAUCACCUGAUCUAGUUUAUGCUCGUGAAUCUCCUAAUGACACGCAAAUUGGUCCAAUUUCUCCAACGAAUUAUAGUGAUUCUAGUACUACGGAUGAUUUACCUACUCCAGCUACUGUAAAAUCGAUGAAUUAUCAAAUUUCAUCUCCCAACAUUUCUCCCAACAUCUCUCCAAAUAUUCAUCCUGGUUUUUGCUCUUUUUUCCCUCCAUCAAUGUAUCCAUAUCUUGGUUAUCCUGUUAUUCCAUCAAUCACUUUAAAGGAAAGCCCAAUGGUUCCAUCUUCUGAUAAACCUUCUCGUCCAAAAAAUAUUAAUUCCAAUGAAUCUGAUUGUAAAACUCAACUUUAUGAACUUUUAAACAAAGUUAAACUUGUAAUUGAUGGUGAUAUUCAAUCAAUGGCUCAAAAUUGGUCCGUAAAAGAUUUUAGAAAUAGAAGAAGAUUAAUACAAUUUAUUCGACGUGUUGAAGGUGAUGAAAUUAGAGUUACUUUUAAACCUGUUAAACCUGAUAAAAGACCAAAAUAUGGAAUUUUUGUUUCAUGUAUUUGGUGGGAAGCAAAAGAUGAUUAUUAUAUUACUUCUGUAGAUUGUAUUUAUUUAUUAGAAUGUUUAACUGGAAUUAGAUUAACUCAAGAUGAAAAAAAUAGAAUUCGUAGAAAUUUGGAAAUUUUUAAGCCAUUAACCGUAGGAAAAAACAAAAAAGAUAGUGAAGAUUUAUUUAGAGUAAUCAUGGGUUUUCCUGCUCCGAAACCUAGAAAUAUUGAAAAGGAUGUCAAGGUCUUUCCGUGGAGUUGCGUUAUAUAUGCGAUUAAUAAAAUUUUGCGAAAAUACAUGAAUAGCGGUCCUGCAACUACCGGUAACAACAAUUCUCAAGGCUCAAAUUAUGAAAAAAAAUAG